UACGAUUUUUCGUGCUAUUUUUACGUUUUUGUGCAAAUAUUUUGGGCGCGUACGCUAUAAAAUAUAAGUCAAAAUAAAGUUUAGUUUGAAUCAAAUUGAUUUAAUUGUAGUUAUUUAUGUGAUUUUACGAGAAAAGUGUAGAAAACAGUCUGAAAAGCUAAAAUUGACAACAAAAUUAAUGUUUAAGGCUAGCAUACUGCUUAAAAAUUCACCUGUAAUCCAAUGGAGGAAAUCUCAAGUUUAGAUUCAUUUCACACCGACGCUGAGUCAAGUGCAAGGCCUGAAUCAGAGCCGCCCAAGUUAGACGAAGACACAUCGCGAACAUCAAUGGGAAAAGCUGUCGAUGGCGAUACCACUAAGGACGCCGAAGAUGGUAAUAAUGAUGAAGAUUUUGAGCAAAUUUCCGACGGAUCUUUUGAAGUAGAUGAAAAUUCGAAUGGCACUUCCUCGGGACCACCUAAAGAUGAGGGAAGUAGCACACAAGAUAAAGUGGCAAGUGGAGAAGGUGAUAAGGGAGAGGAUGAGGAUAAAGAGCCUGAUACAGCUGAAACCAAAACACAAGAAUCUACAGAUUUCGAGGAAGUGGAUGCAAAUGUGUCGGGCGGUGGACAUAAUGCAGCCACUGAAGAAUCUGAUAUGUUAGGCGAGUCAGAUAUGACUUUGCCAACACCUGCUAAUGAAUUAGAAGCCGAGCCAAUCAAUAAAUCAGUUGAAGCCAUGGAAGUGGACAAACCAAUAGUCGCUGAGGGCGGGACUGAAACAGAAGCGGGUGCAGAUACCCAGUUGCACACACCACCUGGCGAUGUAGAUAUGCCAUCAGUAAGCAAUUCGCCUGCUGCUAAUGAAGCAGCACUUGUUGCCUCUGAAGAUAAUAAUGCUGACAAGAUUAAUGAAAAAUCGAUGGAAGAAGAAAACGCUGAUGUUAGUGCCGAACAGCUUGACAUCAGUAUGGAAGCGCUGGAAGAUGUUGAAACUGGUAAUGAUGAUGCUAAAACACCAGGUGAAGAUAAUGAGUAUAGAACUGAACCUGAUGGUGAAGCUAUUGAGGAGGGCAAAGAUAGCAAAGACGAAGUUGAUGAUACCACCAACGUAGGAGGUGAGGACGGUAAACAACCUAGUAUGGCUGAUAACGAAUCUGGUAUUGUGGAAAAAGUCUCUCAAAAAGCAGGGGGUGAAGAGGUCGAAGUUGAGCGAGAAGAUGAACCAGUGGAGAAUGUUCAAGAACCUGAGGAUUCGGAUAUAUGUCUCAUACCAGACGAUACCGAAAGCGAGGUUACUGAAGCGGAGAAAGAACAAGCCAUAUUGGCACGCGAAAAUGCUGAAAAAGAAGAUGCGGAGGCAGAAGCGGAGAAAGAAAAAGAACGGGAAACGGAGGCGAUAGCAGCAGCCGAAGUUGUGGAUGCACCUACCGAAAAAGAGGCAUCAGCUGCCGAGGGCGGUGAUGCCGAAAUAGGCGAGACUAUUGCCGAAGCUCAAGCUGAUCCAGCUGGAGCUGAAGUCGCUGACGCUGGUAGUGGGAGCAACGAAGAACCACGACAAAAUACAGCGGAAGAAGCAGUAGAUGCACCCGACGCCGACGAACCCCUGCUGGAAGAAAUGCAGACCAGCACAACUGAAACGGGAUCAACACCGAAGAUUAUUAUUGCUUGGAUACUUUCAUCCAUGCAGAAGUGCAUACAGUGUGGCACCGAAAAAGCAUGUGGCUUUCGAUAUAAGAGCCCCGAAAAUGACAGUCUUGUAUAUGUGUGCGACCAAAAUUGUUGUGAUGCUCUUUUGUCUGCUAAUCCCGGCAAGUAUUUCAUACGUCGAAAAAAGUUUCUUAUCGAGGAGUUAAGUAAUGAACCAAAAGAUCCCAGUUCAACCGAAACCUCUGGAGAUGGCAAUGUGCAAGGUGGUAUAGGAGAGAAAGAUGCAAAUUCACAUAUGUGUUUACAAUGCAAGGAAGUGAAGGUCUGUAAAUAUUUCUUUCGUCAGGAUGAUGAGCAACACUAUAUCUGUAGUGAUAUUUGCUAUAACUUGCUAAACUCAGAAGAACCUGAAAAAUUCAAAUUGAAACGCCAUUCUAUACGUGUGCGUAAUAUUGGAGCUACUUUGACAACAGCCGUUGCAUCUGUAGGAGUUUCGACCCCUUCAAGUACAACCACAACAACAGGUACCAAGACAAAAAGUCCGCGUGAUACGGGCGUUGUAGCUCGUACGGCAGCAGAAGCAGAGGCUGCACGUUUAGAGCGAAAUGCCAGUUUUAUGCGCCGUUGUGCAGAAUGUUUCAAUGAAGUGACGCUAGGGGACAAAAAUUUGCUCUGGGAAACGAUGGACUUUUGUAAUGAGAUAUGCUUGGGCAAAUACCAACGCACAAUCGGUGCCAAUUGUCAAACGUGCCACGGCGAAGUACCACAUCCAGCGCUUGGCAAAUAUUGUGUACGUUUCGGUUUCGACAUACGUCAAUUCUGCUGUGCUGCAUGUCUCAACGAAUUCAAAAAGGGCUUAAAAACUUGCUCCUGUUGUCAGAAGGACAUUUCAUCGGGUAGUGAGGGCUUUCUUGCGCCUGUGGGUGAUAAGGAACAAUUCAAAGAUUUCUGUUCACAAGCCUGUAUGCGUCGUUACGAUAGCAUGUGUAAUCCCAAGAAGAAGCUUCGUAAUGACACUUGUGCUGUGUGUAAUAACGAUAAGCCCGUGCGUGUCGAAAUUAUGUUGGAUGGCAAGGAACAUAAUUUUUGUUCAAAUCCCUGCUUCUCUGCUUUUAAAUUCGUAAGCAAUAUUGUGGCCGAUCAGUGCGCCAUGUGUUCAAAGUAUUUUGAACGUAAAGGCUCCGAAUCGUUUACCAUUUAUACAGAAAGACGGACUAAAGUAUUCUGUACACGCGUUUGUCUCAAUGUAUACAUAAUUGUGAAUCGGCGUAUUGUGUCAUGUCAGUGGUGCAAGGUGAAAAAAUACAAUUUUGAUAUGAUCUACAAACAGCAAGAUGCUCAGGAAAUACUAAUGUGUUCCUUAAAUUGCUUAACAUUAUAUGGUGUAUCUAUUAAUGCGUUUUCACGCACUGUUGCGAAUUGUGACAAUUGUAGUACUUCUGCUACACCGCAGUACCAUCUCACCAUGUCGGAUGCUUCGAUGCGUAAUUUUUGCACAUACCAGUGCGUUAUGCAGUUUCAGAGUCAAUUUGCACGAGCACCACUUACUUUGGAAAAUGAUUCACCGUCAACACAACAAACGACCACAGUGUCACAAACGGGAUCAAAUAAUAGUAAUGUACCAUUUCCUACGGGGCUGCCGAAAAGGGUAAAACUGAAGAUGCCGCAGCAGCCAAAGCAGCCAAUACAGAUUAAACUUCCUUCAAAAACAACACCAGCCAAUAAAAAGGGUCCUACAAUGCCUGUUAUAUCGACGGUGUCAUCUUUAGCGAGCGGCGAAACCGAAACAAUGAUCGGUAACGUAACGGUACGUCGUGGCAGAGGAAGAGGACGAAAGAUGGAUUCACCGCCACCUAUCCCACAAAUACCAGCCCCUCAAGUUACGGUACCCACUAGAGGGCGUCCAAGGAAACAAAUAGACUAUGCGGCUUCUCCGUCUCCACCUCCAAUUCAACUACCACCACCAGUGGUGAAAUCUGUUGGUAAGCGUGGGCAAAGUACUUCGGUUUCCACACAUGUUGAAAAAGGUGUUGGCGAAACAAGAAUUAUUGCCGUUCCGCCAUAUCCACCAGCUGUUCGAAAUGUUCAGACCAGUUGUAAGCCACAAACUGUGACGGUUGGAUUCCAAACUACACCGAACACAACAAAUACAGCAUCGCAAACCGGCAAGGACUACUCUAACAAGGUUCUAAUACCAGUCCCUGUGCCAAUUUAUGUGCCGCAACCAAUGUAUAUGUAUUCGGCACCAUUUCCGGUGCCAAUACCGAUUCCAUUGCCAAUACCAGUACCCAUAUUUAUACCAACUACGCGAAACUCGGCUCAGGGCAUACUUAAGGAAAUCAAGAAAAUUCAAGAUAAAAUGCCUGCUGAUCCAUUUGAAGCGGAGUUGCUUAUGAUGGCAGAAAUGGUUGCUGAGGAAAAACACGAGUCAGAUUCAGAUUCUGAAGAUGAGGUGAAAACUGAACCCAGCUUGGUGCCCAUACAGUACAAUAAUGAUGUCCAACCAGUUGAAGUGGCGAAUAAUUCAUAUGGGGAAGAAGUAUUGCAAAUGGCAUUAAAAAUGGCAACUGGCGAAUAUGAUCAACCUGCAGUUGAUUUGGAAUCAGCGAUGACUGCAAGUGAAAUCACAAAUCCCCCACCAGGUAUGGUGGGACACGACGACUCCAUGAGCCAUAUGAGUGCUCAUCAUAUGCAGCAACAACAGCCACACCAUAUAAUGGAAGCGCAACGCGGUGGACGUGGCCGUAAACGUGGAGGUGUUACUUCGCCUGUAUCACCACGCAGUAAUAAUCGUUCGCCGGUGAAACGUUCCCGACUGGAUAUAGAACCAGCUCAACCACCACCGCAACCCAUUCAGCCCGUGGAGAAACCUGACGCUAAUAUGUGUUUAAAAUACACUUUUGGCGUGAAUGCCUGGAAACAAUGGGUAAUGACGAAGAAUGCCGACAUCGAGAAGAGUACAACAAGGAGGCGGCCUUUUAAAACAGAGCUCUUGCAAAUGACUGCCGAUGAAUUGAACUAUUCGUUGUGCUUGUUCGUGAAGGAGGUGCGAAAGCCGAACGGCACGGAGUAUGCUCCAGAUACUAUAUACUACUUGGUGUUAGGUAUUCAACAAUAUCUGUAUGAGAAUGGGCGAAUAGACAACAUUUUUACAGAUCCAUACUACGAACGGUUUACGGACUGUCUAGAUGAAGUGGCUCGCAAAUUUUCUGUGCUCUAUAACGAUUCGCAGUACAUUGUUACUCGCGUCGAAGAAGAACAUUUGUGGGAGUGCAAACAACUUGGUGCACAUUCACCACAUGUUCUGCUCAGUACGUUAAUGUUCUUUAAUACGAAACAUUUCAAUUUAACGACGGUAGAAGAGCAUAUGCAGCUAUCAUUCUCGCAUAUAAUGAAACACUGGAAACGAUCGGCACAAAAUGCUAAAAUGCCCGGUACAAGAAAUGUGCUACUCCGUUUUUAUCCGCCACAAGCUGGGCUUGAUGCUAAUCCACGUAAGAAAAAGGUUUACGAACAGCAAGAGAACGAAGAGAAUCCUUUGCGCUGUCCUGUCCGCCUUUACGAGUUUUAUCUCUCUAAAUGUCCGGAAAGUGUGAAAACACGAAAUGAUGUUUUUUAUCUACAACCCGAACGUUCUUGUGUACCCGAUUCACCUGUGUGGUACUCUACGCAAGCGCUUAGCCAAGAAUCUUUACAAAAGAUGUUGCAUCGUGUCAAAAUGGUUAAGGAGAUCAACAUUGCACUGCUGACGAGUUAAUACGAUGUGAUUUUGCCGAGCAGCAGCAGCAGCACAACCAACACUAACACCAACACCAACAAUAAUAGUCAUAGCCGCAGCCAUUCAAAUCAGCAUCAACAUUCGGCAUUGCAAACGGCCAUAAAUGCAUUGCGCUGUUUGUUUCCGCCGUUAGGUUAGAUAACGUGCAAUUCGUUCGCGCCUCAACAGAAUAAAUGCAAAUAUUCUCUAUCCCAUACUUAACGUUCAAGUCUUCUUUUUAUUUGCUACGAAUAAUAAGUUGAACUUCAUUCUUUGGUAUAGCCAAACAGUAAUUGGGAGCAAUUAAGUAAGAAAACAAUUUGGGUAGAAUUUUGCUGUAACGGAUAAAAAAAUUUCUGAUUUUAAUAUACAUUUUUUUCUACGUAUCAAUCUUAGAACACACAUAGAGCGAAAGAAUAUACAUAUGUACAUGGAGUUGAUGAAAACAUAACUAAAGAUACAUAAUUACCAUAUAGAGUUUAUACAAAAAAAAAAAAAAAAGAAAUAUAGUUUUAUUUGUAUGAAAAUGAGUGAUUGUACAGUACAGUGCAGUAGUUUAACCAUUUACCCGCAACAAAAGCGAAAUGCACUUUUGAAAAUGGCUGCAAAGGAGAUGCAAUUAAGUUGGAUUUUGUUUAGCAGAAACCCGAAAGAAUUGACAUCGAUUAUCUGUACAUAAAGAUCUACUUGUAUGCAUGGUAUGUCAAGGAAACCGUUUUGUAGGGCAGCACAUUAUUUGCUAAAAUGCUAUUAGUGUAUGUAGAUGUCGUCAAUCAAAUAAUAUUUAAAUAAUUUUCAAAUUUGAACGCAGAAAAUAUGAAAGUAUGGGGAAAAAUUAAGAAAUUAUGCGAUGGUAAAUCAAAGCAUUCGUGAGUUGUUAACGAGUUGAAACGUAGUGUUUCCUGGGAGCUUCGAGCAUAGGAAAUAUGGAAAUAUCGCAGCAACAAAGUUCAUGUAAAAACAUAUGUAUGUAAAAACCAGACCCGUUUUGGAGAAAAUUCGAAAGUUUCAAACUGUGUUUGACUUAAUUUUUUAAUUUUGAACACCAAUUAUUAUGGCUUCUUUUCUUAUUAUUUGCCUUUUCGAUUUCGAAAGAAUUAAAAUUCUAAAACCUUUUGCUUACAAAAAUAUGUUGAUUCAGGUUAACCCAUGCCUUGUUUUCUAAUUUUAAGAAUGCAACAAAAAUCUCGUCUUUACAUUAAAAAUUGGAACGAAAAUAUAUGCUGAAAAGUGAAAUUUAAAAAUAAGUUUAAUAUUGAAUGUGUAUUAAUUAAUUUUUUUUAAUGUUUAAGGGUGACUUGUCCAAUUCAAAGUAACAAGAAGGUAAUAUAAAGGUAAUCGUUGGCAAGUUAUUAAUAUUUUAGUUAAUCGUUUUUGUCAUUUUUCCAAAUUGAUGAUUACAUAAUAGUAGAGUUCUCGUGGAGAGUUUCUACUCAUAUUAUCAAGUGAAUAAAAUUAUUAAGUAACGAAACGCGCGUUUUCUAUUUAAUUGGCAAAUGACAAUUGAGAAAAGGUAAUAGCGAGAGUUUAUACAAUCAUUGAACUCACCAUAUAACGUUCUCGUUGUUGUUUAUUUAAAAUAAGAGCUGGCUUUUAGUGCUCAAAUAAGUUUC